AUGCCAGCUAGAACGCUGCCCAAUUUUGAAGACGACCCUCUCACCAAUGCCAUCAAGCCGCCACCAGACGAAACACCUGAAAAACGACAUGGCCGAUUGUGUUCGAGCAAGACGCGAAGGCCAUCUCCGAUUCAAUUGACAAGGAGUUGGAAUCACAACGCGCAUCUGAGAGGAAUGGGCAGAAACCGGUCAAGGUUCUUCUGCCUGGUCAAAUUGAAUCAGGUGGGCUGUUAUCAUGCCAUUCUUCCACGGACCACAUGGGAUCUAAUUCGCGCCAUUGAGCUGCUUUACGAACCAAAGGCACGUUCCCUCAACACAUUCAGAUGUUCAUACGCUGACCAUUCACGACAGACCUUUCACACGGAAAGAGCGUCGUGGCGGGCAGUGAUCCAACUCAACGUGGUUCGCUCAAUCCACUUGAUUUUCGAUGCUAUCUCAAAGGCAGAGGAAACCUCGUCUGGAUCCCAGGAUUUUGCAGUAGACCUGAUAGCUUCCCCCGAGUUUUUGAAGCUUAAAUUACGUCUAGCCCCCCUCCUUCAAGUCAGAGAGACCCUCAUUCGCCGUCUUACGCCGGCUGGAUCUAGUGAAACGGAGGCAACCUUACGAAUCGGGAGAGAUAUGUCGUACUCCGAACGCACGAAAAACUACAUGAAGGAGGUCACUAUCAACUCCGCUGUGCAAUGGAAAGGGUCGUUUGGACGCAGGGACGUAGGGCGCAGUAGCUUCGAUACAGACAAGGCUAUGAAUUGGGAGGAUGCUGAUGACCCCGGUCGCAUCCUACACGCUUGUUCUGAAGAUAUGAUACGACUAUGGGAAGACCCAAUGACGAAGAACUUUUUGGAUGCUCUGGAACGAGUUACGGCUCCCCAAUACAUACCCACUGACGAUGACAUCCUGAAAGCACGCUUGAAAACGUUAGGCGUCACUGAGCAUCGCUUUAUUCUUUCCGGGAAGAAUAACAUCAGCAGGGAUUGGCGCGUUUUCGACAUUGGAGGACAUAGAUCACAGCGAGCUGCAUGGGUCCCGUACUUCGAUGACACGGAUGCUAUCAUCUUUCUUGCCCCAAUCAGUUGCUUCGACCAAGUACUUGCGGAGGACCACAAAGUCAAUAGACUGGUGCCUCAUCUAUACGUUCUCUAUCUUUGUUCUGGACCCCUGACUCGCUCUCUACUUAGGAAGACUCAGUCAAACGUCUCGCACCCCCUUUUGAAGAACACCAACCUAGUCCUAUUUUUGAACAAGAUUGACAUACUGCAGUCGAAACUGGCUUCUGGGAUCAAAAUAGCCGAUUAUGUGGUGUCUUACGGAGACCGUCCUAAUGACUACGAACAUGCAUCGACCUAUCUGAGAAGAAAAUUCUCUGGUAUUCUGAAGGAGAAAUCGCCCCUUCCCCGCGUCUUUUAUUGCCAUUUCACGACGGUAACCGAUACGAAAUCUACGAAAUACAUCUUAUCCAAUCUUAAGGAUAUGCUUAUGAGGGACAAUCUCACCAAAACGAACCUUAUAGCCUGA